AUGGGCAUCAAGGGCAUAUACAAAGAAAUCGGGCCAGGGGAGCGAAUCGCGCUCUCGAAGCUCGCUGCACAAAAGUUUGAGGAGACAGGGCGGCCGUUGCGCAUUGCUAUCGACAUCUCCAUAUGGCUCUUUCAGAUUCAAUCGAGCAAAGGUGGCACAAACCCAGCUCUGCGAACCUUUUACUACCGUCUAUUACGCCUCAUAUCACAUUGUAUACACCCGAUAUUCGUAUUUGACGGCCCAAAUAAGCCCCCAUUCAAGAGAAAUAAGCACACUGGCCACAAUGUCGCGUCAGUCCCGGAGUUCCUUGCGAAGCAACUGCUCAAGCAGUUUGGCUUUCCCAUGCAUCUUGCGCCGGGAGAGGCCGAGGCGGAGUGUGCGUUACUCCAGCGCGAAGGCAUAGUGGAUGCUGUUCUCAGUGAGGAUGUGGAUACACUCAUGUUUGGGAGUGGCUUGACUUUGCGCAACUGGUCAGCGGAGGCCAAGAGCAGCAAAGUGCCGACCCACGUUAACAUUUACGACGCGGACAAGACCAAAAAUGGAAAGUCUGGGCUUGAUUGUGAGGGAAUGAUACUCGUUGCGCUUAUGAGUGGGGGAGACUAUAUUCCUGAAGGCAUACCGAAUUGUGGCCCAAAGACGGCCUGCGAGGCAGCAAGAGCUGGCUUUGGGAAAGAUCUUUGCAAUAUCCGUAAAGGAGACACGAAAAGCUUCCAGGACUGGAGAGAACGACUAGCUCACGAACUGCACACAAAUGAGAGUAAACUGUUCACCCGAAAGCACUCUAAGCUGGUUAUCCCGGAAGACUUUCCUAGGACGGACAUUCUUAAAUACUACACUCAUCCAGCCAUUUCUACAAUGGCAGCAUUGGAUAAGUUGCGCGGAAGCCUAAAAUGGGACCAGGAUCUUGAUUUUCCAGGACUACGCGAGUUUACUGGGGAUGCUUUCGAUUGGGUUAAAUUGGGUGGAGCAAAGAAAUUCGUUCGCAACUUGGCUCCCGCUCUCCUUGUCCGGCAUCUCCGUUUGAGAGGGCAGGAGGGCGACUCCAGGCCUGAUGAUCCGGAGGCCAUAGAGAAGGAAGAAGCUAAGCUUGUCAAGAGCAUUCAUGGAAAGAGGAAUCACCCCACAACGGAUAAUUGUACCGAACUACGUAUCGCCUUCACGCCAAUUGAGCUCGUAGAUAUCGACCUAGAAAAUGAAGACCCUGACGAUGAGCUACUCGAAGACGAUUCCGAAGAUGAAGUGCUUCCUGGAACGGAUGCCGGUGAUGGGGAAGAAGCGAGUGCACCCAAAAAGCGAGGGCCGUCAUUAUAUGAUCCCACCAAGAUCGAGAAAGUGUGGAUUUUGGAAACUUUUGUACGCGUUGGCGUCCCUCUCAAAGUUCAAGACUGGGAAGAAGGCGUCCGGAAACCCAAGAAGGCGGCGGCGCCUAAAGUAUCACUGAAACCAAAGGCAACUGGAGCCAAGGGUAGAAAGGCGAAAGAGGGCGGAAUGCCCAAAGGCGCCCUGCAUAAGUUCACCAAAGUUACUAAACCUGGAAUUUCUGCAUCUCAAAGCAGGACUAAAGCUCAAGGUGAUGAAGUAACUAUUCCCGAGACCACAUUGUUGUCGACGAGGGCAUCUCAACCUCCUCCGUCGUCGUUUCGGAUGCCUCUACUUCAUCUAGAGUCCCCAAUCCGCAGCCAAAGAACGAUUGCAAAUCUUCUCUCGUCUCCAGUAACUCAACUCCCUCGAGCCACGUCAUCCCAAACUACUAUCGAGGAGCCGCUUCCUGCUAGUUUGGAGGAUCUUCCUCCCACUGUGACGAAGCGACGGCGCCGAGAUCCACUACAACGAUCUCAAACUAUGCGGACAUACACCUCUUCGUCCCCAUGCCGGCCCUCAACACCGGAACUGUCCUUCGCUAGACAUGAUCUGGAUUCGUUAAGCUCCCCAGUUCUGCCAUCGCCCUCUGACCUCGGACUAAAGAAACCAAGAACGAGAAUGACAACUGCCGCUCCACCUAGGCCUAGAACUCCAACCCGAACUCAGCGCCAAACAGCUUUGCUUUGCCUAUCAUCCACUUCACACCGAAAUCGACCGACGACACUGGAAGAAUCUUUCUCUCGAGCGUCACAAAGCGUGACACCAACCGCCAAUCGUUUCAUCAACAGAGCUAUCAAUUCUCCAAUACUAGAACCUACCAUUGAAGCCGUCGAGCAAGUCAAUCUCUGUGCAUCAUCGCCACCUCCUGCGCCCGUUCAGCUUCAAUCAACGGCAGUCCUAAAAACUAGACCAUCUCGCCGCACAAAACCAAAAACCCAACCAACCACUCGACCAGCUCUGCGAUCCAUAUCGUCCAACGCCUCCCAGCGCCCAACACGCUCCGCAGCCAAAAAAUCAAACUCCUCAGUACCGGUCCGCCGCUCACCGCGACGAUCAACAAGCAACCCGAACUUGCCAAUUGAAGAAGUAAACCUUACGGGCUCGCCACCUCGCGAUAACACUGCCUUAAUACCACGUUCCACAAAAGCUCCCGCAGCCGAGAUCGAAGCAGUUGAUCUUACGUCCUCGCCAGGAAAGACUCCUGCUGCUCCCACUGCUGCGUUCCCGAAACCCAGCCCGAAGCCUCAAAUAUCGCUGUUCCCACGUCGUUCGCCCCGUGUUCAUGCACCAUCGCGCUCGGCUCUAAAACAGCAGGUGGUUAGGAAACGUGCUAUACGCAUUCGCGAUAGCUUCGGUGGUGGAUGGGACUAUGUGGACGCCAGGGAUGUCGGGCUAGAGUCUUCGCCUGUGGCUCCGUCCGUCCCCACUGGGCUGUCAGUUGUCAGUAAGAAGGUGGAGGGGAAGAGGCCGAAGGUAUGGCGGGAGAGUUUGAUAGAGAGCGUCGACUUGACGGGGACAUAAAUGCGUCUGGACGGGCUUGUCCACUACAAUUACCUUUGCAUGGACUGGAUUGGCGCUCUGAUUUAUAGGUAGGAUAGUGAAGGCGUUACCGUUCCUUGCUGUUUGAUAGUGAUGUAGAGGCUGUACAAAACUGAGCAUUGUUACCAUAAGUAAGCUUAAAAAUUAAACGCAUUCACGAAUACGCUGCGGUUAGUCUUUCCG